AUGGCAGAGAUUGUAUCGUGCGCAAAAGAUACGCAGCUUCACAGCUUCCCGGCGCUGGAGCUGCUUAGCUCCAGCUCGCACGUCGUUAACAACGGUUCCAGUUGCCAGUUUUUCGGCUCGUCGAAGCUUUUUAUGCGAGCCAACAAGGAUUGGGGCAUCGAAUUGUUACGUCUCAAGUAUGAGGACGAUCAAAACGGUACACACAACGAGCACGGCAGUCGGCGUACGAUCGCAAGCGUUAAGAAGAUCAUGAUCGAUAAUUUGUACUGUGUCGCCUGCCCAAAAUCGGCCGGUAAGGAAGAGAUCGCUAUCGGGCUGACGACGGGCACGGUGCGGUUUAUGGACUACAAAAAAGCCAGCUUCACGAAACGCUUCGACGCUGACCGUAUCACGAUCGGUGUGACUUUCAUGGAUUUCAAUGCAACCGAUGACUUUUUGGCGGCCGUAUACGAAAAUGGGCUGGUAAAUGUGUACGGAAUGAAAACGAACUCCAAGCUGCACACCUUGGCUUUCGAUAAAAACACCAUCAAAGCGCGAUUUCAUCCCACAAAACGUUUCUCUAUGGCGGUGGCCUCUUACAACGGAGCCGUAUUGCUUUACGAUACGCAAUCGAAGAAAACGAUCUUCUCACAAACAAUGGCCCAUGGGGCACCGUGUCGUGACAUUGCGAUGGUCGAUACAUAUCCCGAUUACCUCUUCUCAGUAGGCUACGACAGUGUGAUAAACAUUUUCGACACCAGACGCAAAGAAAAGGCGUCUCAGAUACAGUCCAACUAUCCGUUCGAGUCGCUGGCGAUAGCAGAGAACGGCCAUCAUUUUGCUGUGGGUAAUUUGAAGGGCUUCGUGUAUGGGUACGAUUUGCGCAGUCUUAAGGAACCGUUAAACAUGCAAAAGAUUCACCAGAGCAGCGUAAAUAGUAUCGCGUUUGUACCGGCGUCCCGUGACGUAUCAACCCGCCGCAGUAUGAUCGAGCUUGACGAGUUAAAGCAACCCGCGAAAGGAACGCAGGAUAGGAAUCGGGGUGCCGAGCAGGCGAUGGUCACAGAACCACAGCUUCCGGUGGGGCAAGAGCAGCACGACAGCUUUAUGGGAGAGAUUGACCUGUUUUUGCAACGCCGUGAGGCACCGAUGGAUUGUUUGUCGCGGUUAAGUACUUCCUCCCGGUUGAGCACGGAAUCGCGCACGAGCAUGCACAUGGCUGGUAACAAUCUUAUGGGGUUUUUAGAUGAUCUUUCUGACUGCAACAUAGAGCACGAAGCCGGUGAUCCUACGCCUCCCGUUGGGAAAUCUCAAGAGCACCACCAUGAGCAGGAUAACUCGGCCAACGGUUCCGAGCUGAGUGUAGACGACAGCUUUGUGAACGUAAAUCGGUUACUCAAACGGCUCAAAACUGAUGGCACACGAUCGAACGCUAGCAGUAAUAGUGUGUACAGGAAAGGGGCACCAUCCGGAAUGGUGAGCGUGAACGAUAAUUUGGAAAACAUUCGCGAGGAAGCGACCGAUAUUGAGGAAGACGAUGAUGAGGUUGCUACAGCAGGUGCAAGGACGAAUGGCACCCAAAGCAAAGGUGCUAUCACGCGAAGCAUCACCACGCCAAGAAUAUUAAUCGAAAGCCAGCUCGAAAACAGCCAGGUUGAGUCAGUUUCGGAUGAUGCGAGGAGAAACGUUUUGAAUGAUAAAAAAUCGCAGGUCGAUGAAACGAGACCCGUAUCGGAACCAGCACAACCUGCUCCUGCGGCGAUGUCCGGUGGUGCUAACAGAAAGGAUUCCGAGCUGGCAGCUCGACAUGAUAUUGCCGAACUGCGUAAGGCGAUGAUGGGACAGUUUGAAGAGUGCAUGUUGCGCCAAAUUGGUGCGGAACAGGACAUGAAAAGCCAUCUGUGGAUGUGUAUGUUCAAUUUAUGGCGCGAAACGCAAAAUAAACUCGACUCGCUGGAACAGUACGUUAGCACGGUGAUGGGUUUGUUGUUGCCGCGGGACGAAUUUGUGCAGCAAUUUCUAAGCAUUCGAGCUGAAAACGAGCACCUUAGGGCACAGCUGGAAAAGCUAGAGCAACAGAAAAAGAAAGGAUAA